GAAGAUGAAUCCGGUCUCCGGGCCCCCUCCACUCCCGCCGCCCGGGCAGCAAGUGAUCCACGUCACGCAGGACCUGGACACGGACCUCGAAACCCUCUUCGAUUCCGCCAGGAACCCCAAGCCCAGCUCGUGGCGGAAGAAGAUCCUGCCGGAGUCCUUCUUCAAGGAGCCUGACUCGGGCUCGCACUCACGCCAGUCGAGUACCGACUCCUCUGGCAGCCACCCGGGACCCCGACUGGCAGGCGGUGCCCAGCACGUCCGUUCUCACUCGUCGCCCGCGUCCCUGCAGCUGGGCACGAGUGCGGGCGCCACGGGCAGCCCGGCGCAGCAGCAUGCGCACCUCCGCCAGCAGUCCUAUGACGUGACCGACGAGCUGCCGCUGCCCCCGGGCUGGGAGAUGACCUUCACGACCACUGGCCAGAGGUACUUUCUCAAUCACAUAGAGAAAAUCACCACAUGGCAAGACCCUAGGAAGGCGAUGAAUCAGCCCUUGAAUCAUAUGAACCUCCACCCUGCUGCCACUUCCACACCAGUGCCUCAGAGGACCAUGGCAGUGUCCCAGCCAAUUCUAGUGAUGAACCACCAACACCAGCAGCAAAUGGCACCCAAUAACCUGAGCCAGCAGAGCCACCCUACUCAGAACCCACAAGCAGGACUCAUGACCAUGCCCAAUGCAUUGACCACUCAGCAGCAACAGCAGCAGAAACUGCGGCUUCAGCGGAUCCAGAUGGAGAGAGAGAGGAUUAGAAUGUGCCAAGAGGAGCUCAAGAGGCAGGAAGCUGCACUCUGUAGACAGCUCCCCAUGGAAGCUGAGACUCUGGCCACAAUUCAGGCUGCUGUCAACCCCCCCACCAUGACCCCAGACAUGAGAUCCAUCACUAAUAAUGGCUCAGAUCCUUUCCUCAAUGGAGGGCCUUAUCAUUCAAGGGAGCAGAGCACUGACAGUGGCCUGGGGCUGGGAUGCUACAGUGUCCCAACAACUCCAGAAGAUUUCCUCAGCAAUGUGGAUGAGAUGGACACAGGAGAAAAUGCAGGACAGACACCUAUGAACAUCAAUACUCAGCAGACCCGCUUCCCUGAUUUUCUUGACUGUCUUCCGGGAACAAAUGUUGACCUAGGAACAUUGGAAUCUGAAGAUCUGAUCCCCCUCUUCAAUGAUGUAGAGUCUGCACUGAACAAAAGCGAGCCCUUUCUAACCUGGCUGUAGUCAGUACUGUUGUAGCUUGGAUGCAGCCAUAACCUGACAUUUCCUGGGCCUCUUGGAAAAAACAAUGGGACAGAGCAAGUCUGCAGGUGCACCACUUUCUGCCUCCAUGACUUUUGCUCUCUCCUUUCCAUGUGGCCAGUUUAAUCAUUGCCUGGAUUUGAUUGAAAGUAACUUAAGUUACACUCAUAAAUAAAUAGUCUAUUUUCAUUUUCUGCAAGCCUGCAUUCCUGUGAUGGGUUAUGCAAAAUUGAUUAUGCAGAAUUAUGUUUUCUCUAUUCUCUCUGCUGCUCCAUGACUAAGCUGUAUGAGUGGUAGUUUAAAUUUAUAGAUCAAUUGACUAUAAACCAUAAAAAGCUCACCACAGGCAGUAACUUCUGAUGGGUGGCUUGGUCCAGGAAAUGUGCACAAAAGGAGACCCCAUUUGCAAUUUCAAAAACUGGUGGCAGUAGUAUCAAAUGCUUUAAAAUAUAUUUAACUUGAGCUUUAAAAAAAUCAUUGUAUGGAUAGUAAAAUUCUGCUGUAUGGCGUACAAUGUAGUUUUGGAUCCA